UCUAGAACUUGCCAGGAAAUAGUGUUAGAUCUCUUAGGUCUCGGCAUUCCUUCUCUCAAUUCUUUCUCUGCUCAACGCGCGUGAUCACAAUGGGUGAGAUUUUGCGCUCUGCAGAUAUGGUUGCUGUGGCGUCGCAUCAAUUGGCGCAAUGCAUCAGCGGCCACGCCUGGAAUGUGGAUCUGACAAUGAUCGCGGUUUGCACGAAUAACGAAGUCCACAUUUACAAUGCCUCGCCAGCUCCAAGCGCUGUGUGGCAGCGACUCCACGUCCUUCAAAAGCACGAUCAGCUCGUUUCAGGAGUUGAUUGGGCACCUGUCUCGAACUACAUUGUCACUGUUUCUCACGAUAGGAAUUCCUACGUCUGGAAGCUAGAAGAGAAUGUAUGGCAGCCCACGCUGGUUAUAUUGCGGAUAAAUCGUGCUGCUAUAUCUGUGAAGUGGAGCCCCAGAGAGAACAAAUUUGCUGUUGCUAGUGGUGCGAAGAGCGUCUGCGUUUGCUACUACGAGGAAGAUAAUAACUGGUGGGUGAGCAAGAUAAUCAGGAAGAAGCACGGCUCCACAGUGACUGGUGUCGCAUGGCAUCCCAAUAAUGUGCUACUAGCUACGACAUCUACUGACUGCAAGUGCAGGAUUUUUUCUGCGUACAUCAAGGGUGUUGAUUCCAGGAGCGCUGCAACUACAACGUUUGGAGAGAUUCGGUUUGGGGAGCAAUUGGUGCAGCUGGAUUUGGCAUUGGGGUGGGCUUUCGGAGUUAAAUGGUCACCCAGUGGGAGGAGUUUGGCAUAUGUUGGCCACGAUUCAACUAUUCAUUUUAUAGAUGACGUUGGUCCUUCACCAAUCGCUCAGACAUUAGCACUCAGGGACCUACCUCUACGUGAUGUUUUGUUUCUAUCAGAGAAACGUCUAGUCGCUGGUGGUUUUGAUUGCAACCCAAUGCUUUUUGCGUCUGAUGAUACAGGAACAUGGAACUUUGUUCGUUUUCUGGAUGAAGGGAAGACACCCGCAUCAGACGUUAAAGCUUCGACACAAUUUUCUGAAGCGUUUGGGAAAUUCUAUGGGCAAGCUAAGCGUGGUGUUGCCGCUGAAUCUCCCUCGAGUGCUCCAGGAACUUAUCACAACAAUUGCAUUACACUUCUUAAUCCACUAGCUCCACCUGGAGAGCAGGAGAUACGAAAAUUUAGCACUUCUGGCAUGGAUGGGAAGGUGGUGAUUUGGGACAUGAGUACCAUUAGUGAUGCGCUAGCCCGGCUUGGCAUGUAACAGGAACAGAUCAAAACUAAUAUGGCACUGGAUACUUGGGUUUCCCUGGAGGGGGUUUCUUUGGAAGAGAUGGAGAGUCACUAGUAGAUGGACCUUCAUUGGGAGAACUGGGGAGUGGCAUAUCUGGAUCAGGAAUAUUAGGGAAUGGAGUGUCUGGAGGAGUUGGGUUCUUAUUGCCAGUGUUACUGCCACUAUUAUCAUUGCCAUUGCUGCCACAGAUGGAAGUUCCCACAUCAGGAUCAUCCCCACAAAAGCUGCUCAUGCAUGCUAGUUUUCCAGAACAUUCGUCGUUACUGGAACAUGAUGUGCCACAUUUGCCAAGGCUAGCACCAUUGCCACCACUACCACUUUUUGCUGGCCCUUCUUUGCGACUACCACCACAUAUGUGAGUGUUCAUAUUUGGGUCAUCUGCACAAACAUUAUCCAUGCAUGCAAUCUUACCAUCGCAAUCA